AAGAAAUGUUCUCACAGGCAAUGUGUAUCUAAACAUUUUCACUCUCUCAUCUCAUCUUGCUCACUUUUUCUUCAUCAACCCCCAAAUGCCAUAUAUGUACUGUACACUCGCCCCCUCCUCUCUCCUUCCUCUACCUUUUUGCUAUAUUGGAAUAUAUCCUUGGCCAUAAGAGAGAUAUUUAGAUUCAGCAGUUGAUUCCCAGCCGAUGAUGGCGAUGAUGAUGGAGUGGUGAGACGAAGGGGGUGUGGAAUGUGUGAGCAACAGCAGCAUAAUCAAAUUAUGUUCAAUACACAUCAGAUUGCGCUACCAAUCUCCCCGUUAUUUGAUUAUUUUCUCAUUUUUCGAGCGGCAACAUCUCCAUUUCCCGUGCGCGGCGAGAAAGCUCCCACAAGAGAGCUUGAGAGAGGGAGAGAGAGAGAGAGAGUAAAAGCUCAGUGAAUUGGGGAUGCUGGGGGUGUGUCUGUAUGUGUGUAUGUGCGAGAUGAUUGCCAUGGAUGGUGGAUGGUAUGAAACUGGAGCGGUAGCCUAGCAACAGACCCUAUUCGAUCGAUCCUGGAGUUGCAGUACUACUGAAGAAUGCCACCCAUUUUCCAUCGCCCUAUUAUCGUUUGAAUUUUCCACUCUUGGUGGGUCCCAGUAAAAUAUUUCUGGAAGCAAACUCACCAAUAUGGAGGAGCUGUUGUAUAUGAUGGCACGGAGGCGUCCUUAUGCGUCAUACACGGGAUUCAUCGGAAAUCGCGUGGUGGAAAUGGUGGGUUUUGUAAAGCUCCUUCCACCCAUUUUUGUUUUCCACCACACCCCCACCCACCACCACCUCACCCCGCUUGGCCCCAUUUGCAGUCACAGAGGCGCCUCGACAGUGUUAUUAUUCCCAGAGAAGCACCCCCUUAUGCCAUCGGAUACAUCUCCUCCCAGGCCUUUAUCGUCUUGUCGAGCCCUGGCCUUUGUGUGUGUGUAUGUAUGUGUGUUUUGCUGCAACAAACUGCAUCGUUUCAGGAAUUCCUCCAUGUCAUUCUUCUCUCCAUUUUACCACCCCAUACCCCAUCACCAUUAUCGCCUCGUGCCACCCCCUCAACCUUUUUUCCAACCCUCUGCAGCACGACGAAAAAUAUCUCAAGUAUCCACUCCAAUUCUGUCACACAAUUUUCUUUCCACACCAACCUCCCCCAUUCCAUGUUACAGCACCCCCUUUUUUUACAAGAUGUCGGCUCCGUCUUUAUUGUAUUUUCAUUUCAUUUUAAUCCCGCACCCAUUCACCUUGCGAAUUAUUCCCAUCUGUGCCAAGAGGACCGCAUUGUCUAUGCGACGGCUCAUGGGAUCCUUUUCACCUUCCAAAGUGGUGCCGCUUUCAAUAUAUACCCGCAAAAAGUACUCAAGCCCAACCCCAACCACCUACGCGUCUCAUUCAAACCAAAGUGAUUCAGUCGAUUGGCCAGUAAACCCUCACUAGAAUUUUUUCCUCUCCUUUUUUUUUAAAUUCCCACCCCCAUAUAUAUUUAUACGAGAUUACCCGGAAGAUAGAUUGAAGUCUGAACACUGAAGAAUUGGUCACGUCUUCGAUUUUCGUGACUGUGGUACGGGUACUACACACAGCCACCAUAAUGAAUCCAAUAUGUGGCGGGUCUUAUCAAAAAUCAAUGACACCGAGCUUAAUGUUUGAAUAAGAAUCACUUAAUUUUCUUUUCGUAUACCAGCUUACCCGCAGGCUUCUCAAACUUUUCAUAUAUGUAGAGUCAAGUGGAGAGCUUUUGGAGCUUCCACACUGCUUACACUAAGCAUCAGAAAAACUUUCUUUAUGAUUCCUAAAUUUCCCACAUUAGGUCUAAUCGAUUUUCUAAUUAUACUUGAUAAAAAAAGGAAUUAUAAAAUAAUUUUAGUUAUGAUUUAAAUUCAAAUACUUUUAUCUAUAAAUUAAUAAAAAAAAUCAGUAAAAUAAAAUUUUAAAAAAUAGAUCCGAAGCUAUCUUCUGCUUUUAAUUGUUCCUACGGUCAUUAACGUUUUAAGGAUAACCAACUAAUGUUUAAGUAAAAAUUGUUAGGUUUUCAAAAGAGCUAACAAUAUGCAUUGAUAAAAGCUUUUAAAUUUAACUCCUCUGGCAGUGUUACUAUGUAAUAAAAUCAUUGGAUCAAAUUUGAAUUUUUAAUGAUUUGUUUUUACAUUAAAAAGAAAAAAAGCUUUAUAAAUGCUAAAUAAGCUGUUUUUAAAAUUUACUGUGGUGGGGGUAGUUUUCCAAGCAUGAAACACAAAAUUUCUCAUGUUAGUUGCUGCUACCUAAUCUUAUGAAACUUCACUGAAAAAUUAAUGCCUUAUUGAUUAAUUGUUUUUUUUUUAAAUCUUGUGUUGGAAAUCAAAAUGUAUCAAAUGUUUUUUAAAAUAAUUUUCUUACCAUAUGUAGUUAAAAGCUUUAGAAUUUGCACAUCCAGCAUUUUAUGAAAAAAUAUAUUUAAAAAAUAUCCCAACAGUAUAAGCCUAACUAAAAGAAAUUAAUUUUAUUUCUAAAGUUCAGGUAAUAAAUUUUCUACUAAAAUAUAUUAAAUUUCCACUCGUGCUUUUCUUAAUAUGAGUAGCAGAAAAUGAAAGGUUUCUUUCAUAUGCAAAAUAUCCAUAUAAUAGGGUUGUAAAUUGAAGAUAUUUUAUAGUGGGAGUGAAUACAAUGAAAAAUUGAACAAAGUUGCUGCUUUUGUGGGGAAAAUCAGAAUCGCUACACUUUUAGAACUUCCGACUUUACAAAAACCCUCUGACGAUGGUGAGGGGAAGCAAUAAAAUUCAACUCAAUAAAAUUAAAUAUUACGUGCUGAUCUCUGCCGUAUUGAAUGGAAAGAUAAUGCGUGAGUCAAUUGGACGAUGUGCUCUGUGGUGUGUCAGGGCUCUUUUCGGGAAGACGACAAAAUCCAUUUAUGUGGACAUAAAAAAUAAUAUGCAUCAUUGGAGGCGAAUGUUACCCUCAAAUUAAUAACGUAUCUUUUAUAGGUCUCUCAAUAAUCACAAAAUACGAGAGUUAAUAUGGUAUACCAAAAGUAUUUUACAGCUUUUCUUGCUUUUUCUUUUAUUUCCCAAAAGCCACGAUAAUUUGCUGAGUAUUUAAAAAAUUAUAUGUUUUUCACAAGUGGUGAAGCUUUAUUUUUCCUCACUCAAUAUAAAAGUUUUGUGUUAAUGUUCUUCAAAUUAAAGAGUAUCGAUAAUAAUUAUUUUUUUCCUGUAAGUUUGUGGGGGGAAAGUGUACGAAGGAAACUCCUGCUUUCAAUUAUCUAAAUGAGCAAAAUGUUUUUCCAGCAGCAGUGGGGCUCGGGAGUUUGCGAGGGCAAAUGUGCUGAAAUACUCGGAAUUUUCCACAAAAGCACCACGUCUGCAGAAAACUUUCGGUGAGGUCGAGGAAUUAAAUCAAACGGUAGAGAAAUCCAGUUUUGGACUCUGUGUGGGCGCGGAGGGGGGUGUGGAGUUUUCAUCGUUUCCCACCAAAAAAAUUUUCCUCACCAUUUCACUUUGGGUGGUGGCGGAGUGACUCAAUUGGGAAGGAUGAAAGCUUUUGGAAAAUUGAGGUGCGAAAGGGUCGACGGAAGUCAACAUGAGCUGGGGCGGGAAGGGAAUGAAAGGGGAUGGUAAUUUGUCAUCGCUACACCUUUAAAAUAUAACACAGCAAAAUGGCAAGCUAUCUGUCGUGUUGGAUCCCCCCUCAUUCAACAAUGGUAUAUUACAUUAUCCAUAAACCCAUGAAAUUGCGAAUGGGAUCACAGACUCGAGGACGUGCAUAGUUGAGAAAAUUGAGAUUAAUCGUAUGCGGGAAAUUUUGUAUCUGUUCAUCGCUGUGCAUCGGGAGCUUUUAAGCUCUGACGCGCGAAAAACCGACGGGGCGGGGUAGCUUUUCCGUUUAACCCGGAUGUUCUAACAAAUGUCACAGCUAUAGCUAUUGACUGCGGGAAAUUGGGGGUAAUGGUUACUCUCUCGGUCUCUAUAAACCAAAUACGAAUUUACAAAUGCAUAGAAAGGAAACUCAAUUAUUUCUUAAAUUAUUUUGAAAAAAAAAUUAUUCCUAAUUAUAGAACAAAUUCAGCAUUUCUAUAAAUUUUUAAACCAAGUAUUUAAAGAAAUUUAAAAAAAAACCAAAGUUUUUACGUUUCUUUCCGAAAAAAAAGCUAAAUGAUAAAUUAGAAAAGUACAAAGAAAUAGCAAACUCAGCAAAACUAUCGAAAGAAUCUCGUCUGCGGCAAAAGCUCUUGGUCUAACAUGCGCUUUCGUUCGCCCCGCAGCAUUUUAGGGUCGCCUGGGUGGGUGCGAGAGGAUGGAAAAUUGCUGUUUGGGGCGCAUAUGAGAUUUUCGUAUCAUGCGCUCUAGGGGAAAAGCUCACUGGGAAUAUGAGAGACACUUCUCUUUGUGAGCAUGAAAUCGGUCAGAGAGAGAGAGAGGAAAAAGCUGGGCGUCGCGACGACACUCAGAAAUACUUUGGGAAUCAGUUGAAAACUACACGUCGAACCGUUCGACUGGGCAAACACUUUUUAGCCCCCCGUGUGUGUCUCGCGAGAGAGCUUUUCAGUUGUGUGACCCAACACUUGGACUUUGGUACACCAUCCUCUUGCCAAAACUAUUAUUCAAACUCCUCCUGGCCAGUUACUUCAAAAAUUCCUCCAAAAGUAGACAAAACUCAAAUUGCACCCUCCGCAAUCCGGGCUGCUCUGCCAGGGGGCGAGUUUUCCGAUCUUUUUCGAAAGUGUGUCUGAGUGUGUGUGAGUGUGCGGAAAAGCUCUCUUCUGCCAGUUUGAAUUUUUCUUGGACAACUUCAGCGGGCGGGGGCUCGAAAAGUGCGCCCCAAAAGUGUUGAAAAUGCCAUUAUAGACCACAGAAGGAAUAAAUCCUUUUUUAUGUGCUAAACAACGGAUGGAAAAUUGCAUUUGUCUACACUGAAGAAGAAAAAAUUGGGCCGUGUCCACAUUACCUAUAUUACGCAGAGGAAAAAAAAAUAAAGUGUGUUCGUGAGGGAUAUUUGCGCAAUAAUAUUGAUGAUAACUUUUAUGUAACAUUAAGCGGUCAUCACCGCUCAAAGAUAUAAAGUUGUGGUGCUGUUAACAUAUAAAAAAAAGAAAUUUAAGAAGAAAAAAUUUAAUCUUCCCCAUUUGGAAACGCCUGAACAUUUGCAAAGAAGACCAUUCGGUAUCCGAAGACCGGAGUGUGUGCCUAGGCUGUGAAAAAGUGACGUAGAUAGGACUCGUGGAGGUGUUCGAGGACCAUUGGAUAUCAAGAUACAUCAUUGACAUAUGAAAUUCUCAUACAUCUUCGGUUGUUUCUCCUUCUGUGCGUUUGCGUGGAUUUUGGUUUUCGUUAUAAUCGUCCUCAUCGUCAUACUAUCCUCCCUCAUCUACGGCAACAAUCCGUAGUUUGUGUGUGCUCCGUGGAUGUGCUCGGGGGAACCCAACUCUAUGCGCUCCUCUCCUACAGGGUGGGGUUGUGCGAUGUGAUAAAAAUAUUGAUUGCUUGUAACACUGUGCAGACACACUGUGCGGUUAUCAGGUUGAAAUUUAAUGUAAUUACAACCGUGAGGGUUGUUUGCUCACAACUGAGGCCUGGAAAAGCAGUGUUGGUGUUGUCGCGCGGUGCAAAGAUGCUAGCGGUCGAGUGACACAGAUGUUAAUGGUUUUGAUGUCAUGUCCAUGAGUGGCUCGUUGCUGCCCCCCUGUAGUUGCUGUGUGUUGAGGCCAGUGGCCAGUAUCAUCUACCCCAAGUCGCUGCCGUCCACUCAUUCUGGCCACCGUACAACAGACAUCCGAGCCGGAGAGCAGCAGUGCCACCGACAAGAACGCCCUGCUCCUCCACUGUUGCUGUAUGAUAGUGGAGAUAACCCCGGCAUGCCCACGGAAACAGCGUGCUGACGACGACAAAGUCACAAACAAUAACCGCCAGGCAAUAUGCAUUUGCAAUGCCCAGUGGAAACUUCAGGAAGAGGCCCUGGCUAGGGGACAGGCACUCAAGAGGCACGGUUCCCUCGAUCAGCUACUCCAGACAGCAGAUACCAAACCACCAGAAGCUGCAGAUAUGGAACAACGUCGUAGGCCAGUUCCUACCGAGGAGAAACAACUUAAAUGGGCGCCUCAGAAAACCAUUGCUACUGUGGAUAAUAUGAACCUCCAGAAGUACUACCAACAAAUGAACGGUGACUACGAUACACCACGUCAACCACCACCACCCGUCAAAAAGGAAGCACCACCAGAAAAAGUUCGCCAAUUCUAUAAAUCAAGCUCUGGACAGCAUAUCCGUGGUAUUUUCGUUGAUCCUAAAACAAAGGAUAGCCCGCUGCAGGAACCAGAUGGACCUGUAUGGUUUGACAGGUCUCAACGUCAACGACACUCUUCACGAUCAGUGGGAGAUGCCGAGGUGGCUAGGGAAACUGAACCUCACCACCAGAGGCACUCUUCGGGUCCCAGUGAUCUUUCAAUACUUAAAGAGGAUAUUGCAAAGCUACUUGUGAAGCUCCCGCUUGCCAAAUCAGCUCCCAAAACGAACAUCUUUGAGCAGACACAGAGAAGAAGUGUAGAUGGGAGAACGACUACGAUUAAGGCUGAAGUGCACCAAAAGGAUGAUCAAGCGGGAUUCUACAAGAAACCCCUGCAGAGACAAUCAUCGGGACCAAGUGACAUCUCCGUCCUGCGAAAUGAUCUGCUUGAGUGGCUCGCAAAGCAGCAGCAAACGUCCAAACAGCAAGGUCCUGUACCGGCGGGAAGAAAAAUUCAGAAAGCCAGCAGUCAACCUGUACCACAGCCACGCAAGAGACACUCUGUGGGUCCAGGUGAGAGUGAGAUAGAAUGGAUUAAGCAUCCCAUUCCAACUGAGCGUUCAUCCAGUAAACAUCACAUUCCCCCUGAAGUCUCUUCACGAAAGCACCGUAGACUUCAGCAUUCAUCAAGCGAGGUAGUUUCUUCACAUCACGGUAGCAAACGCGAUCCUUCCCUUGAUCAUGGUAGAGAUCGUAGACAUGGACACCACUCCCGUGCAGAUGGAAGUAGGAGUCGACGAAAUCAGACACAGCGAUCAGCUACGCUCACCGAUAUGACCGAGGCAAGUCGUCACAAAGAAUAUCCAUCGGCUAAAGCAGAUCGUACACCUGAAGCUGUUCCCCGCUGCACUGAUCCCAAUUGUCCACUGCUACCCAUCUGCAAUGAUCCAGAAUGCUGCUACAUUGCUAGCUGCUACGACCGUAUGCGAUACUCGACGCACGUACCGCGCUGCCGUUGCAAGAAGUGUGCUCCAAAGUGUGCAGAGUAUCGUUGCUACUCUCUACCGCGUUGCAUCGAUUCUAAGUGCUCAGCUGCACUGGCUAAUAUUACAAAAUGCAAUUCACUGCCACGGUGUGCCGAAGCACACCAGACUGUCUCCUUCCAAGGAUCCUCAAUGUCACGCGGAGAUUCCCGUGCUUCACUUCCGCGUGCCACUAAACCAUCGCGCAGCGCUUCUCGCUCCAAUGGCAAACUUAUCAAAUCCGUCUCAGCUGCAUCCCUAAAUUCUCGUCGACGACGUCAUAAAACAGUUCACUUUGGGGAGAACCUCCUGCGCGAGGUGUGCCAGAAUAGGCGUCUCAUUAAACCACUUCAGCAGCAGGAUACACCAUCGGGAUCGGCACCCAUGAAACCCAACAUUCAGCUACUUUUUAAUUUUAUCGAAGGUGUCCUCAGUGCAUGGGUUGACGAUGAUGAUGAUCAUCUAAAGUCGGGUGCUGACUCUGAACCCGAACGUGGUGCACUACUUAAACCUCUGCACAGAUGCAAUAGGGCUCGUUUUCAGACUAUUAGGCGUGUUGUGUCGGAGGCAGCUGCUCUCAAAGGAACGCUCAAACUUGGAAAUUCCCGCUAUCGACAUAGGCACUGGCGUGGAACGGCCAAAGACUGCAAUGAACGAUUCCUUAGAAAGAUUUCCGAUGAUGAUCGUAUGAGUCUCACAACUGCUGUCUCAGAUGAGGAUGAUGGUGAAAGUGUAAUGGCAUCGCCGUACAAAGCAAAGGCCACGGGGACUGCAGCAGCAUCUUUCAACUGUACGGGAGCUGUAAGGAAGGCUGGAUUCCUUUCUGUGAAGAAAUGGUUAUUACGAAAGAAGCAUCAGAUUGAAUUGGCAAGGAAGCGAGGAUGGAAGGGCUACUGGGUGUGCCUGAAGGGAACAACACUACUCUUCUAUCCAUGCGAUUCGCGCGAAGGAAGGUCCGUCGAGGCAGCUCCGAAGCAUCUAAUUAUUGUCGAUGGAGCCAUCAUGCAACCCAUUCCGGAACAUCCAAAGCGAGACUAUAUCUUCUGCUUGAGUACUGCAUUUGGGGAUGCUUACUUAUUUCAAGCUCCGUGUCAGGUUGAGUUGGAGAAUUGGGUCAAUAGUAUUCAUAGUGCGUGUGCAGCUGCAUUUGCAAGGCAUCGUGGGAAGACGGGUACCCUCCAUUUGCUCCAAGAGGAAAUAUUCCGCCUCGAGAAAGCAAUUGAAUCGGAUCACAAAUUGAAGCACAUGGCUGAGCUGCAGCAGAGUGUAGUUACGGAUCAAGACACACGCCAUCAAAUUCAAACGCAGAUACUGCAGUGGGAGGAGAAUUUGGAGCGCCUGCAUUGUGAACAAUUCCGCCUGAGGUGCUACAUGGCCUCCCUGCAGAGUGGUGAGCUUCCGAAUCCAAAGUCUCUCCUAACUCACGUGUCACGACCAACGAAGAACACCCUCAAUAAGUUGGGUGUCUUUACGGUAUCAUCUUUCCAUGCAUUCAUCUGUGCUCGUUCCCCAUCGCUUCUCAACAAUCUCUUAGCCGGACGAGGUGCCACAAAGCGUCGAGCUCCACUUCUUUCGCGCUCAAACAGCAGCUCCAGUCGACGUUCAAUGCAGAUGGGCUCACGCGAUGACCCGGACAAAACAUACAAAAUCUCAUUGCCGGACAACAACUACACAACAGUCCAUCUGAGGGAUGCCAUGUCCGUGGAGGAAUUCCUCGCUAGUGCGUGUGCAAGGAAGAACCUCAAUCCCAUGGAGCACUUUAUACGGGUCAAAAAGAGACGAGAUAUGGAGGAUCAUAACUACUUUGUGCCUCAUAGAAACGACCUAAUUGACACUUAUCUCCACACACACGAAGUGGUGGAAGUUUGUGCGAAAAUUUUGUAUCAAGUUGAACUACAGCGGACAACAUUGGAGCAAAUGUGGGGCUUCUCGGUGGAAGCGGAACUCAUUGAGAAUGCCGAUCGACAGGAUGAGCUUUGCUGCUACGUGAGUCGCGUUGAGGAAAAGAGCGUGGCAAUGCAAAAUGGGUUAAUAAAGGGUGACGAGAUAAUGGUUAUCAAUGGUGCCAUCGUAUCGGACUUGGACAUGAUGUACCUCGAGAGUGUGCUGCAGGAGGAGCAAGCUUUGUGCAUGAUGAUGAGAUCCUCUAGGACAGAACCACCAGAUUUGGCGGGGAUAAUGCGCGUUACCGACGACAUGAUUGACUCCCUCGUUUGCCCGCCACCACCAUCAGAUCCGCCCAUCAUGAGCGAAGAGAUGAUUUCCGGACUGAUUGUUCCAGCUCCUGGCUGGAAACCAGAAUAUGCGACGUCGUCAGGGAUGGAUUCACAGGCAGGCGGGCAAAAGCAGGGACGGAAUAAUAGCUUCGAGAUAGAGAAUCUGCUUAAAACGGCCGAACAAAUUACGGGCUUCUGUCGUUCACCCCAGGAGACGAGAAAAUCGAGUCCGACGGGAUCAGUUUCCUCUUCCAUUGCUGGGUUGGCGCCAUCGCGACAGCUGAGCGAUGCGGAAAAAUUGAGAAAAGUGAUACUAGAACUAGUCGAUACGGAAAAGACUUAUGUUAAGCAUUUAAAUAAUUUACUCGAAUACUAUUUGGAGCCGCUGAAGCGUGAAACAUUCCUCUCAAAUGCCGAAAUUGCUGCACUUUUUGGGAAUAUUCAGGAGAUUGUUGCAUUUCAGCGUCAAUUUUUGCAAAAUCUGGAGGAAGCCCUGGAGCUGGAGCCAGAUUUUCAUAAAUUCGAUCAACCUUGUCAGUUUAAGAAUGUUCUCUUUUCAAUUGGUUCAGCUUUCCUGUAUUACGUUAAUCAUUUCAAAUUAUACUCAUCAUUCUGUGCGAGUCACAGCAAAGCUCAAAAAGUGCUGCAUCCCAAUGAGGGAAAUCAGGCACUCCAGGAAUUCCUGGCAGCCCGGAAUCCCAAGCAGCAGCACAGCAGCACACUGGAGUCCUUCCUGAUUAAACCCAUCCAGCGAAUUCUCAAGUAUCCACUUCUGUUGCAGCAGCUGCGAAAUUUAUCUGAUCCAAAUGCAGAAGAACAUUUACAUUUAGUUGAGGCACUAAAGGGCAUGGAGAAGGUGGCUGAGCACAUAAAUGAAAUGCAACGAAUUCACGAGGAGUAUGGCGCUAUCUUUGACCACUUAUUCCGGCAACAUCAGAAAUCCUGCAAGCAGCCCAUCGACCUCAGUCCAGGUGAUCUGCUGUACUACGGCGGCGUGGAGUGGCUCAACAUAUCGGACUUCCUGGGAAAAAUCAAGAAGGGUCUCGAAUUGCAUGCCAUGUGCUUUGUAUUCAAAUCUGCUGUGGUAUUCCUGUGCAAAGAACGUCUGCGACAGAAGAAGAAACUAAUGGGUGUGUCGAGUAAGAAUACACCCAACGAGGUUGAAAUCAUCCGGUAUCAGGUUCUCAUCCCAGUUACGGAGGUUCAAGUGCGAGCCUCGUCAGCGAAAGACAUGGAUUCGCACUUCCUCUGGGAACUCAUUCAUCUCAGGUCACAACUCCAAAGACGCUCUGAAAAAGUCUACGUACUCUCGAACAGUACGGCUGACUUUAGGAACGCCUUCCUCAAAACCAUUCGUCAAAUUAUUAGGGAGAGUGUGCGUAAUAUGUCAAUACCAAUGAAGGGACUAGGAAGCCUUACAUCCGUUGCUGGGCUAUCUGGUCAUUCGGGAGGAAACUCACAAACGCUCGAGAGGCCAAAACAAACUAUCACCAUUAUUCAAGGAUCGCAGACGUUGGGAAAGAUGAAGAAAUCCAAGACAUCACAACGUCAUUCAGCAGGUAACUUGGAUUACGACAAUCUUAUGAGCAGUCAGGAUUGUGAUGACAUUCCGCAACCACAAACAACUUUUCGUAGUCGGAGUAAAACUGUGGGUGAUGCUGCUGAUCCACCUCCAGUUCCUAAGCGCACCACCAGCGAGUUAGAUCGUCACGAUCCAGGUAUAAAGAGUGAAGGCGAAGAUGACUCCCAGCAUGGUACAGUGAAGGGAAAGGCAACCCUAGGACGGACACCCAACCACCUCACACUGAGCACAACAUCGACCCUGUCUGUGGGUAGUACAGGUAGUCAGGCUCGCCUGAUCCAGUCUUCCCAUGCACCGUCAACGUAUCAGCCGGUUCUCAUGAAGGAUCUAGGGUCCCCAGUGUGGAAACCACGAGACACGGUUAGCUUAGGGGAUGCGCAGUCUUCAACACGCAAAGAUGAAACGAAAUAGACUUUAGCGAAAAAAAAUAAGAAAGAAAUUUGAAUAACAAUUUUAAGUAUAACAAAUUAUUAAAAAAAAAAAAUGAAAAUUUUGACUUUAAAUAAACAAAAAUAUAGUUUUUACUAAAAGCACAUAUAUUUACAAAUAAUUAGAAAAGUGAACAAAAAAAAACGAGAGAGAAAAAAAAAAGCAUUUAGGAACUCUUCUGACUUUGAUAAAUUUGAAACAAAAAAAAAGUAAAUUAAUAAAGUAACAUCACUGGUUGCUCGAGACCGGGGUCCAUGACUCCUUGGAAAACUGAAGGCGAAACUAUGGAAAAUUUCAAUCCUUUUUUAGUAAAUUCGCAACACUUAAAAUUUAUGCUUUAUUAGUUUUUUUUUUCAUUUAAGAACCAAAAAUGAAUUGGUAAAGCAAAGCAAAAAAAAAGCGAGCGAGAUUGGCUUUUUGUGAAGGUAAAGUGUGUGAUUUUAGUGAUUAUCAGAUUAAUUAAUUUGAACAAAAACCAUUCAAAAAAGAAGAAAAAUUCAAAAAUUAAAUAUUUUCAAGGAAAAAAUAGAAACUAAUAAAUAAGAAUUGGCUGUAAAUUUGAUUUACAUGUCAGUAUAAAACUGAAGAAAAAAUAGGAACAAUUAAGUUUUUAAACGUCAAGAAUACUUUUCACAAAUACUUAAACUCAAUUUUUAAUACCAGGUCAUCUCCAGCGUUGACCAUUUCCUCACAAAGACUCAAUUUUUCAAACCAUUUUGUAUUCAUCUUAAUCAUUAGAUUUUCUCUGCAGUCAAAUUUUUGACAAAUUGUAGAAAUAAUUUUUAUUAGCAAAAUGAAAGAAAAAAUCUAACUAUAUACUUCUCAUAGGAUAUUAGUGAAGAAUUAUAAUUUAGUGAUAUAUAAAAUAUAAUAUAAACAAAAUAACGUCAAUUGCUGUACAUUACAGCAAUUAACCUCUGCGGGAGUUCUCUAUUGAUGUAUUUUUAUUAACUUCUAAAUUUUUUUUAACAGAAACUAUUUAACUAUUUUUAAUUUUCUUUUCACAAUAAAAUCAACUUUUAUACAAUAUUUAUCAGGAAAGCUACGAAAGAGUAACUACUAGUAAAAAAAAUCUUUAAGCUCAAAAACAUUUGAAGAAAUUUUUUAAAAGUUUGAAUUCAAAAGAAAUAAAAUAUUGUUAAAAAUAGAAUUUUUAUUUUAUUAAAAGAAAAAUAAAUCGUAGAAUUUUUAAUCAGAACGUUUUAUAUAAUGGAAAGUUUGCUAACAUGUUGGUUGAAAGCAUAACGUAAUGAAUAAAAAAUUAAGCUUUCAGAGACCUUUUUUGACGUUCUUUUUAUUUUAGUUUUAUUCAAAGGCAAAGUUGAUGCAUAAAAAUUAUAAAAGAUUCUUCACAAAUCAUUUCAAAUUUUCACCUUUUUAACUGUAAAUAAACAGCUUUCUUUACUAUGUCUUUCAAAAUAUUGCCUUUAAUUUUCACAUACCAAAUUUUUUUUUCUCUCAUAAUUUAAAUUUCUUCUUAAAGGUCUGACUCUAAUUGCUAUAAAAUUGAUUAACAGCGCCCUCAUCAUUCGUAAAUGAGUGUGGUGGUGAAUUUAGAAAGCUCAGAAUUUUAUAGCUAUUUGAGGUCGAUUUUGAUCAUUUUUUCUGUUUUAGAUUUACUAAAAUUUGCUUUCAGUAACGGGUUAAAAAAGCUCAGUGUCUAACAGAUUUUAACCUUUCGAAAAAAAAGGUUAUUUUUAAUAGUUUAUUCCAAAAACUUUUUGUUUAAAAAUUGAAUUUUUUUAACAAAACAAUUGAAAAAAUAUUUUUAAUUUCACUCAAAUUAUGUUUUAAAAAAUCAACUGCAAUAUCAACUUACUUAAGCAAUUUUACCAAACAUUUUGCAAACUAAAAAUUUUAUUUUGUAAAUUGAAAUAAAAAUUCUUUUUUUAUUUGAUCGAGAUUUUGUAACACAAAUUAAAAGAUUUUUAAUCAAUCUCCACUGUAGUCUAAUUAUUAGUUGAUGAACAGUAAAAAAAGCCCUUUAGUGAUGCAUUAAAAAUAAAAUAUGUUUAUAUUAGUGAAACCACAAAAAAGUGUUAAUAAAAGAAAUCAAUUUUUGGCAGAAUUUACUUAACAUGAAAAAAAAAUGAUUGAAGAAAAAGAAACCGAAGAAUCGAAUUGGAAGCGAUAUGUCACUACAAGGAUAAUUAUUUAGGAGGAAAAAGAAGUGAAAACACAUGAAUUUCUAGAUGAAAUAAAAAUCUUUUAGAAUGAAAGUUUUUUUUAACAUUUCCGUGGCAUCAUCAGACGAAGCGCGAAGCCGAGGAAAAAUAAAAAGAAAAAAAUUGAAAACCUUGAAGAGUAUAUCGAAUGAAAAUAUAUAGGUAAAAGAAAUUAUUAAAAUAUAUAACUUUUAAAAAUGUUAAAAUAACUGAAAGGAAAUAAUAAAAAAAAAUGAAGAAACACUCACAUUAUUAUAUAGGCACAAUAGUAAUUAUUACCAUAUUGCUAUUAAAAAUAUACAAAAGGAGAAAAGAUUGAAAAAAAUAAAACAUUAUAUGUAUUGAAAUGAACGCGGCAAAAAGGCACGAAAGAUCCUAAUUUUUCCCCAAAGUGAAACUUAUGUGAAUGUUGCAAUAUUAAAAAUUAAAAAAAAAAUUAUAAUAAGUAAAUCGUAAGAAAAACCGAAAUUUUUUUCUUAUUUUUAUUCUCAAAAUAAUUUUCCGCAAAAUGCUUAUCAAAAGUUUAGUUUUUCCAAUCAUCGUCGUGAGUUGAUUUCUUCAAAGUUUGUUUUCCUUUUCCCCCCAACAACCUUCCAAAGAAAAGUUUAAGAAAAAAAAUCCAAAGCAAAACUAAAGAAUGUCAUUUAAAGAAAAAUUAUAUAAAAUCUUUAUAUUGAAGGAAAAAAAAGAAUUUACAAAAGAAAAGAAUUAUAUUUAAUAAAAGUAAAACGUAAAACAGAUUGUUCUUUUUCUAAGAUAAGCACAAGAAAACAUUUAAAUUUAUAUUUAUUAAAACAAUAAAAAAGGUUGAAAUAUAAAUUGUAUUUAAAAAGAAAAAUGAAGAAAUGAAAGUUUAUUGAAUAUUCGAGAAAAUUUUAUUCAAUCAAUACACAAUCACAAAAUAUUUUUCAUCACUUUCCGUUACAUUUCAUUAUAAUCAACUAUUUAUACCUUAUAUAAAUAUAAAAAAGUAAGAAAAUAUUGUGGUUACAGUGAUAAUUGAUCUGCUAUAACUUCCUUUCUAGCCCAAAAAUACAUACACUCCUCCUGAAUGAAAACCUUACAAGAAAAAACACUGAGAAACCUUCAAAAAUCAAUCAAAAAUACUUUUGAUUUUAUUUUGUACAAAAAAAGACUCAAUAGACUUCCAAAUUCUUCUGUAUCUAUAUUUUUUCUCAGUGUUCUUCAUCCAAAAGAAACAUCUUCCUGAAUAAAUUUUCCUAAAAAAAAACUUCCCCAAAAAUUGGCAAAGAACCUCAUCCCCUCAAUUGGAAAACCUUCUUAUAAAAAAAUAAUAUUUUAUAUUUUUUUGUUAGAAGCAUUCAAUAGAGAGAAAAAACACAAUUUUAUUGAAAUAAGUAUCGUUACAGAGAACCCUUAAAAUGAAAAAUUAAAAAAAAAUGACGAAAACGAUUGAUAUUAAAACUGAAUGGUGUGUAUUGAAAUAAAGUUAAGAACACUGAUUUAACAGAAACACAACACACACACAUUGUGAAUGAAUGUUAUAAGAAAAGGUGAAGAAAAAAAAUAUUCGUAAUAUAGGAAAUAAAAAAAAAGAAUAUUUAUAAGCACAAUAAAUAAUUCUGAAAUGAUUUUA